AUGGCUCGAGACACGGACAUUGACAACGCACCGCCUGGCACCCAAUCAAAGCGACCUCCCCUCAGCCAUGGCGACAGCGAUUCACACAGUGACACCACAAAUACCCCGGGCCCGCCAGCGCAUCCCCAUCGCACAAAGCCUCUCCUUCAGAAGCACCAUCACGUCGGUCGCCUGCACGCCCGUGUGCCCUCAUCCAAGGCUGUCCACAAGCAGCAGCAGCUUGCCCAUGGCAAUGGCCCUGCCGCCGCCAAGCUGAACCGUCGACCUCCCUCACCCUCGGAUCCAGACAUUCCUCAGCGCCCGCCUCAUCGCCGUGUCACCAGCGAGGUCAAGCUUCCCAGCCGGUCAUCUGCCCCCCUCUUCAAGAGCGCAUCCCACGCAAGCCUGAAGCGCAACCGCUCGAAUGUCGAUGUCAGCAAGCGAAAUCGUUCAUCGGACAAGUUGAAGCGGUCCUUGAGCGGCACGGGCAUUCACGCCUCCAAGCCCAGCAAGUCUCAGGUUCACUUCGACCUCGGAAGCGACGACCCCGAAGACGAAUGGGUCGAUGCCAGCGGCUCAAACUCUCCCUACUUGUCGCGCAAGGGUUCGCUGAACAGCAGCGCUCAAUCCUCACUGCGACCCGGCGCAAUUGCCCCCACCUCCAGGCCCGACACCGCCAAAGAGCCUUCUCAAGUUCCGGUACCUUCAUCGCCUGAUCGCGAGACAUCUCACCACAAAGAAUACCUCACCUCUCGGCUUCUCCAACGAACUCCAUCCCACGGCGCUCCCCCAAAAAUGACGGCCGACAUUGCGCGAGCUGCCCGUCCGCGGCUGUCUCCCUCUCUCAACUCGACGGACCACGACGUUUCGCCGCCCCUGAGCACCGCCCAAGACGAACUCACAUCACGAUUCGUCGAUGUCCCGGGCUCUGCACUGGCCAGUCAAGGCUCUUUCUACUGCCCCCCGGGUAGUUCUCGUCGAUCCCAGGAGAUUCCCAGGCGUCCAAAGUCGAUAGCGGCUCUUACUCCAUCACGCGAUGCUGCAGAUGUUGCUCCGUUGACCGACAAUGAUGACAGCGUCUUAGUGCCCAGGCCAGCCAGACGAACGACGGCUCUGCCGGCAGAGACCUCGCGCAUACAGCAGAAGCUCAACCUGCAACGCGCCAGCUCGGUUCUUGAGCCGGGCCAGGCCGUGACGGGCGUCGGGGGCGUUGUCGGCUUGACCCCGUUGAUUGGCGUCGGAGGCCCUGGCUUCGAUGGCGGGAACAGCCGCGAUCCCCGCGUCGGCAAACUUCUUGAACGCACCGGCAUGGAGUACUUGGUGGUCCGCAGGUACCAAACCCCUGUGGCCCGGUCGUUGAGUCGGCUCAGCCGCUCCCAGGGCAUGGACAAGAAUCGACGGAUUCCGCGCAGCGGCACCCCCUCGAUGAAUGGCAAGAAAUCCUCAGACGUCACGCCACGUCAUAUGCGCAACGUCAGCAUGCCCGACACUCGAGCUGCAGCCACGGCGAGACGUUCGGCUUCCAUCAGGACCAUGGGAACCGGCUCUAGUUUUGAAGGCGACGAUGUCAGCCGUCUUAAUGAACGGCUGAGCGGAGCGAGCCUUGUCGGCGCCGAAGAAGAAGAUGGCACGACGGCACUCCUCAGAAACCUGUGGGAAAAGUCGAUGGAUCUAAGUGCAAGCACAGACUGA